AUGGCGCAACCCUCGACGCUCGAGUACACCACCCUCUCCGAACGCGCCCAAUCGGUCGUCGACAACCUCAUCCCACCCCAUGACAAGACCGAAGCCGCGGCCAAAAAGUUCGCCCACGUCAAGCCGCUUCCUCCCAACAAAGAUGGCGACACUGAAGUCCUCAAAGGCGUCACCUUCACCCACCACUUCGCCUACGGCCCAGGCGACUACGAGCGUGUCCUCUGGCACUACGUGACCACUGGCCCACUUGACGGCGAGCCCAUCGUCUUCCUACACGGCAUCCCCGACUCCUGGUACCAAUGGCAUCGACAAUUGGCUGCCCUCUCAUCCAAAUCAUACUACUGCCUCUCCAUCGACCUCAAAGGCUACGGCCAAUCCGAGAAGUCUGCCGGUGACUACCGCCACGAAGCGGUCUCCGAACAACUCUACGCCUUACUCACCGAUGUGCUCCACCUCAAAUCCUUCAACAUCGUCACCCACGACCGCGGCACCGUGCAAGCUGACUUCCUCGUUGCCAAGCAUCCAGAAAGUGUCCUCCGAUAUGGCCGCGGCGAGCAGCAUCUCUAUCACUUCCACCCAAGCCUCGCGCCCCAAGGCGACCUGUUCCGCGACGCGCCUUACAGCGGCAUGUUUCUCGACCCCGUCAAGUUCGUAACGUUCUGCUACACGUGGAUUACACUGCGUCCGGUGCCGGAUGCGGAGAUGGAGCGCACGAUCCAGGAGUGGGCUUUCGAGGGGACCGCGAAAGCCGUGCCGCGGUACUUCAACAGCUCGACGUUUCGUCAGGAAUGGAUUGCGAGACGCAGUCCGGGGGGACUGUUGGAGAGGUGGAAGUGUCCUGUGUUGAUCAUGCAGGGCAAGGAGAGUAAGACCCAACCGUGGGAGUGGUAUGUGGAUGCGAGAAAGUAUAUACCGAACGCGAAGGAUGUCAAGGUCAGGUUUAUCGAGGAAGCGUGCCACUAUUGGCCGACAGAGCAGCCGGAGUUGACGACGAAGGCGGUGGAGGAGUUGUUGGCGAUGCCCGUCGAUUGA